GCCAACCGCCAAUAAACACCAAAGAAGAAGAAGACCGUCUGAGGGUAAGCGCUGCGUCAACACGAACUAGCCAAUCAUCACCCAGCGGUGAAUUUGAAAACUGGCAGUUGAAGGUUUUUAUUUUGCUCUAAGUGAAACGUGACUAUUGACAGCAUAAACACGAUGGAAGAGGAGCACACAGACAGAAAGCAGCAGCUUGCCAUGCUUUCUCAAAGGAUCAUCAAAAUAAAAAAUGAACUCGAUGAAGAUGACACAGCCAAUAUUAACCAGGUUAUUGGCUCUAACUCACCUGAAUCAUGCCGCUCAUAUUUGCUGGUCCUGGAGAAGAAAGGAGACCCUCACAUGAAUCGUAACCACCGCACCAGACUUAUUGACUUUUAUACCAGAGUAUUCUUCAAUAUGCCACUGGGAAAACACUGUGAGAAUGAGAGCUAUGCCAGGAUGUUGGUCAGAUUUGCAGAACUAAAAGCAAUUCAGGAGGUGAAUGAGGCUGAAGCUAACUUCAACGUGGCGCGAUCUCACUGCCCAAACUUUGCAUUUGUUCACAUUGCACAUGCACAGUUUGAACAUUCUCAAGGCAACACAAAGAGAGGCAUUUACAUAUUGCAGAAUGCUCUUCAACUGGCAGCCAAACCAAAGGAACUGCUUGAGGCUGCGUUGAAAAGCAUGCAGUCAGGCAAAACACAACUCUACUGUUCAGAGUACAAGGAAAAUCUACCAUUGUCGUCCAGCAGUAAUGUACACAGUGCGGUCCAAAAAGGCUCAGUAUUCCAGAAAGUGUGCAGAACAUCAGACGGCACAGGCGAUUUACAGCUCUCCAGCAUUUUUGGUUCAGGGACAGAGCAACACGGUGGAUCCUCAGAUGAGCAGCUGUCAGGAUGGAGAUCUGGAUCUCAUCGCAAAAGAGCAGUUGACAUGCUUGGGAGAGUUCCCGUGGUACCUUUCUCUAUCCAAGAAAAAGAUGAUGACUCCAUCGAUGAAAGGCCCUUAAGGAAAACGGAUUCAUCAAUCUACUCCAGUUUGUCCAGGCAAACAUCUGGUUCAAAUGUGAACCCCCUUUUUGGGAUUUCAUCAUCAAUGAAAAAUGCAUCCGAUGGAGACAUUUUAUUCUUUAAACCACCAGCUGUCAGCCCGGAGCAGACCUGGGAGGAGCAGGCAGCCGUGGACUCCACCACCACACUGCUUCACACGCACAGCACCAGGGACACCUCCAGAAUGGACGAUGUUACAUUCAACUUUGACCAGGUGGUCAAUACCAACUCUCCUGAGUCGUGUUGGGCAUUUCUGACGAACCUGGAGAAGAGAGGCAACCCUCACACAGAUAUCAUCGUGCUCAAUAAGCUCAACAACUGUUACUCUAAAAUAUUUUCCCACAUGCCAAUAAGAAAGUUCAGCAAAAACGCCUGUUAUGCCAGGAUACUGGUCAGAUAUGCAGAACUCAAGGGGAUUGAAGACCCUGAAGAAGCCGAGGAUCAUUUCAUAGUUGCAAGAUCCAACUGUAAAGGCUUUGCCUUCGUCCACGUAGCACAUGCUCAGUUUGAGCUUUCGCAAGGUAAUGUGAUCAAGGCAACUUCAAUUCUGAACAAAGCCCUGGCGUUAAACGCCAGGCCAGCAGAGCUGCUGGAGGGCGCCCUACGUAACCUGAAAGCUGGAGAGAAACUGCUCAUGCCCAACAGAGAGGAGGAACAUUCCACAGAUUUGCAAGUAGGUGCAAGUGCGUUUUCUUUUGGGAGAAACCCGGAGCCUUAUCUUCCUGCUCGGGUCCCUGUGAGCCGUUCAGUGGAACAGCCCAAAGCUGCCAGCAGGGAGCCUCUAUCGGAGUGGAAGAUUCCAACAUCCCUCAGCCGACACAUUUCCCCAGAGGAUAAAAAAACAACACCUCCAGGCCCCAGACCUAUUCCACGUGUUGUUGAGUCUCUCCCCACUCCAUCCUUCCAUCUACCGUCCAGACCAAACCGACAGACAGUCUGUCAGACUCCAAACGGCUACAGAAACCCCUCUGCUAACAGCUUCAUCACUCCUGUUGUGAAGAGAGUUGCUGAAAUGCCUUCCUCUGCAUUGGCAGCGCACAGAGCUGCACCCCCUCAGCAGCCGUGCACACCGCUGAACCAUGCUUCAGGCUUCCAGACCCCACAGGCUUCUCUCUCUGCGUUGUCAAAUGACACCAUCACCAUUAAGGGCAAACGGUUCAUUAUUCUCAAGAUGAUAGGAUGUGGCGGGUCCAGCAAGGUCUACCAGGUCCUGGAUCACAAAAAUCAGCUGUUUGCCGUGAAAUACGUCAACCUGGAGGAAGCUGACGCUCAGAUGGUAGAGAGCUACAAAAAUGAGAUUCAGCAUCUGAACCACCUGCAGCUGUACAGCGAUCAAAUCAUCAAGCUCUACGACUAUGAAAUAACCAACAGCUACAUCUACAUGCUGAUGGAGUGUGGGAACUUGGAUCUGAACACUUGGCUGAGGAACCGCAAAACUGUGACUCCACUGGACAGGAAGUUCUACUGGAAGAACAUGCUGGAGGCCGUCCACACCAUCCACAGCCACGGAAUCAUCCACAGUGACUUAAAGCCGGCAAACUUUGUCCUUGUGAACGGUUCGGUGAAGUUGAUUGACUUUGGCAUCGCAAACACAAUCCAACCAGACGUGACGAGCAUUAUGAAGAAUUCACAGGUUGGAACGUUGAGCUACAUGCCCCCUGAAGCCAUCAAAGACACUUCGUCCCAGCCAGGACAAUCACGAUCUAAGAUCUGUACAAAAGGUGACGUGUGGUCGCUGGGAUGUAUCCUGUACUGCAUGACGUACGGGAAGACUCCCUUCCAAAGCAUCACCAAUCAGAUCGCCAAGCUGCACGCCAUCAUCGACACCUCCCACCCUAUCGAAUUUCCUGACAUCUCGGAGAAGGAUCUGCUGGAUGUGUUGAAGAGCUGCUUGGUACGAAACCCCAGAGAGAGGAUUUCCUUAAAAGAGCUGCUGGAUCAUCCGUACCUACAGCAUUCACCUGCAGAAAGAGGUCCAAGUAACAGAGAUCUGCAGAAGAUCCUAACAGACCUCGCAGCCCUCCAGUCUCCAGGCAGCAUCACCCGAGCAGCUAAUAAUCUGGCCAAAAUGUGCAGCAGCGGCAGGAAGUUGGAUGUUGCAGAGUGUGCAAAGUCAUCAACCUAACUAUCCUUGAAUAUGUGAUGUGGAUAGAAGUUACUUUAUUUUCUUUUGUUGUACUUCUCUUGAACACUUCAGUACAGAAACAGUAUAUUCUUUAACAUGUAGAAAUAACACAUUUAUAUUUGUAACACAUAUUUCUGUAUAGCUUCUUACUCGGGCAGCAUUUCUAUUGAAUCUUAGUUGACUAUCUAAAUACCCAUUUAAAUAAAAUACUACCCCCACCUCCACCCACAGCAUUAUACAUCCAUAAUUCUUAUGUGACCAUUGUAAAAUAUAUAAAUCACCAUAAAAUCUCACUGAUUGACGUAA